UUAAAUGUGUUAAAACCUGAAAGAUCGGUAUUUACGAUUCCGGCCAUUUUGGGUUUGUGAAUUUUUUACUGUUUUUUUUUGGCCAGAUUGAACGAGUAACUCCACGUAAUGGUCCCCUUGGUUACGGUUUCCGGAAAAUUUUCAAAGGGUCCUUGCAGAUUUCUAUGCGGUUAAAAUGCCGAGGAGGCCUCACGCGAGUCGUGACUCGGAUGCACCACCCGUGAAGAAAAGUUCUGGCACCGUCGCGGGCAACAUUGGACUGAAACAGGGCGACAUACUUAAAGACAACAUUGGCAAACGCUGGAAGCUCGGUAAGCCGGUGGGGGUAGGAGGUUUCGGCGAAAUCUACGAUGUCUCGGACAACGUCAGGAAGAGAGACGUGACUGGUAAAGCUCGUUUUGUGGCCAAGAUUGAGAAACACUCCAAUGGACCGUUAUUCGUGGAGAUAAAUUGUUACCUACGACUUUGCAAGUUGGAAAAAAUAGGAAAAUGGAAGAUGGAGAGAGGUUUGGAUUUUUUAGGCAUGCCCCAUUUUGUGGCGUCAGGCUCCCACUUUAAAGACGGUGACAGGUACCGGUUCCUCAUCAUUCCGAAAUACUCGAGGGACUUAGAAAGGAUUUUCCAAGAGAGGAAACGGUUUAACUUAAAGACAGUAUUGGUUGUUGCGAGACAAAUCGUUGACAUACUGGAAUAUAUUCACAGUCAUGGAUAUGUGCAUUCCGACAUAAAAGCAUCCAACAUUAUGCUCGGUGAAGGACAGCAUAAGUCGACGGUGUCAACUGCGAGGAAAAUGCCGACGCGAAAGUUAAGAAACAUCCAAAAAAGCCCCGUUAGGGUUACUGGCAGAACGUUAAGAACAAACGUGAUUCCGAAUUACCUAGAUGAUAUUCCGUUUCUGGAUGACAUUUUAAAUGAAUACGAAAACUCGAAUAAAACUGUUAUAGUGAGCAGAGACAAAGGUGAACGUGUAUUUUUGUUGGAUUAUGGCCUCGCCUCCAAGUAUGUGUUAAGUGACGGGAGUCAUAAGGAGUUUAGCUCCGAUCAGCGCAAAGCCCAUGCUGGUACACUGUUGUUUUGCUCAAGGGACGCUCACAAGGGCGUCACUUCGCGGAGGUCAGACCUCGAGUCGCUCGGGUACAAUAUUUUGUACUGGUUGACGGGAAGCCUGCCUUGGAUGAACAACAUACAUGAACCAGAGGUGGUAGAAAAAAAGAAGGACAGGUGUUUCGGAAACGUCCAGGCUUUUUUAGACGAUUGCUUCGAGGUAUACCCGAGGUGUCUGCUCCGCUUCUUCAACUACCUAAAUGAACUUAAGUUUGAGGAGACCCCAAACUACAACUUUUGCCGGUCGUUAUUCAGGAGGAACUUGAAGGAGUGCGGGUACAGCGACGAUUUAAAUUUGGACUUUGACGGGGCGGAAGAUUCGACUGUUGUGAUGCAGAAGAUCAUACCGAAAAGUACUGAGAAAAUAGCCACGGCCUUGUUCCGAAGUCCGUGCGUACCCCUCGAUUCGAAUAUAAUUUUUCAACGGCCCAAAUUACGCAAGAAGAUCAAAGACAAAUACGUCAAAAUGACGGUGAUGAACUGGUCUAGAAUCCUCAUCGAUCCCGAGACGAUCCUAAAGCAGGCGGCUCAGAAGAAAUCGGUGUCCGAGGAGCCGAGUCCCGGGGUUCUAGAAAUAGAUUUGGAAGCGAUGAAUCCGACGCCCGCUAUGAGAGACGUCUACGAAAGGGCUUACGAAAGGGGCGGUUUGUCCCCUCCAAAUAACGGACUUUUCGAGUUAACAGAAUGCGAUAGAAUCGACGGGUAUACGGCAGAAAUGAUGAAGGUGCACAGACAAAUGGUGGAACAUUCGGAGCUGCAAUUGAUACAGAGAAAACCCAGGAGGCGUCGGAAGAGGAGGGCGCGAUAGGGUCCAUGGCCUACCAUUAAUUUGUCGCUUUUUUUUUUUUGUUAAUGAUAAGACUGACGUAAUUAUAUUAGGGUGUGGUAUUCCUACAGGAUCAUCCUUGCGAACAAAUCUAAGCAAUGUGAUCGCGAGAACGCCGCUCGCGGAACCACAGUUCAAAAAUUGCAAUAUAUAUUCCCCCAAUUUCGUUUCUGUUGUUACUAUAUUGUAAUAGAUUAAGUAAUUAUCGUGUUGUGAUUUAUUUUUGUAUUUAAUGCUAUAUAUAUAUGGAAAUUAU